GUGGUGACUACAGUGAGAGUGAUCAGCAGGGUGGUGACUACAGUGAGUGUAAUCAGCAGGGUGGUGACUACAGUGAGUGAUCAGCAGGGUGGUGACUACAGUGAGAGUGAUCAGCAGGGUGGUGACUACAGUGAGAGUGAUCAGCAGGGUGGUGACUACAGUGAGUGUAAUCAGCAGGGUGGUGACUACAGUGAGUGUAAUCAGCAGGGUGGUGACUACAGUGAGAGUGAUCAGCAGGGUGGUGACUACAGUGAGAGUGAUCAGCAGGGUGGUGACUACAGUGAGUGUAAUCAGCAGGGUGGUGACUACAGUGAGUGAUCAGCAGGGUGGUGACUCUACAGUGAGUGAUCAGCAGGGUGGUGGCUCUACAGUGAGUGAUCAGCAGGGUGGUGGCUCUACAGUGAGUGAUCAGCAGGGUGGUGGCUCUACAGUGAGUGAUCAGCAGGGUGGUGGCUCUACAGUGAGUGAUCAGCAGGGUGGUGGCUCUACAGUGAGUGAUCAGCAGGGUGGUGGCUCUACAGUGAGUGAUCAGCAGGGUGCUCUGGAUCAGAUGGCAAAAUCACAUUCUGUCUUAAUUUCUCUUCUUUAUUCCCCUUGGUCAUGCUUUCUUUUUAACAUGCUACUUUAUAGGCUAGCGCUAGCUGCCCUGUCUUGUCUUGUCCUGUCCUGUGCUGGGCCUUUCAGGAGCCAGUCUGUGUUAACCAUGGCCUAGUUCUCCCUUCCUUCCUUCCUGCCCCGUUUCACCUGCAUGACCCCUCUGUGACAGUCUCAGACACCUGUCUCACCGUAUCACCUGGCACUCCUGGUACGUUUACCUCUCUCAGAAAACAUCAGAAGAAUGUAAACUAAACAAAUGAUCUGUAAUUUAGACCGUCUGGUAGACAAUCCUCAUGCAGAAUAUAUAUUUAGGACCAGCUUUAGCUGUUAGCCUGGCUGUCUUUCAAGUAGCCUGAAGAAACUCUCAGAUGUAGGCUAAUGACCUGAGGUAAUGAAUAAACUCAUUGUAGGUUGUUAGCCUGUAUGAUGUGUGCCAGUAUUGGCUGGAGACUGGGUUACGUAGGGAGCCUGCUAGCAUUAGCUUGCUAGUGUUAGCCUGCACUGUAGGCUGUGUGAGACAAGGUCAGGAUGCAGGGAGAAAGCUAGCAUAGCAUUAGCAGUUAGCUUGUUAGCAUGAGACUGGGUCACAGGUUGCAAUGCGAGAGCUAGCAUUAGCAGUUAGCUUGUUAGCGUGAGCCUGUAAGCUGUGUGAGACUGUGUUAGGAUGCAGUGAGAGAGCUAACGCCGUUAGUGGUGAGGUCAGCAGUUAGUUUCUCUGUUUUCCUGCUCUGACAAUAGCAGGAAACAUGAGGAUGAGGAACUCUCUAUCACUCUCUCCCCCCCCCCCCCCUCACUCUCCAUCUGACUUUCUCUAGUGUUAUUUAGCUAAAAUGUCAAAUUAGGUGGGUGAUAUUGGUGCUGAUUUGUUGCUGUACGUUAACCCUCUUUCUCGCUCUCUCUCUCGCUCCCUCUCUCGCUCUCUCUCUCGCUCCCUCUUUCUCUCAAUUCAAUUCAAAGGGCUUUAUUGGCAUGGCAAACAUAUGUUUACAUUGCCAAAAAAAGUGAAAUAGAUCAACAAAAAAGUGAAAUAAAGUCUCUGUCUUUUUCUGUAGGCCAGUCUGUCUGUGUGGGGAUGGGGGGGUCUAGGAGUGGUGCUGUUCCUCAUCACUUUCGGACCCUUCGCUAUCUUCUACCUGGCCUUCUAUAUCUGCUGCUUCGUAGGAGGGUAAGUGUGUACCACAAGUUUGAAGUUAUGAAGUCAUUUAUAGAUGUGUUCAUAUGAAAUGGGCUGUCUUUGUUGUGUAAUCUAGAAAUGUUGUUCUCCUCCUUUCCCCCCCUUUCACCUCUCCCUCUCUCCUCUCCUCACCUCUCCCUCUCUCCUCACCUCUCCCUCUCUCCUCUCCUCACCUCCUCUCUCCUCACCUCUCCUCACCUCUCCUCACCUCUCCCUCUCUCCUCUCCUCACCUCUCCCUCUCUCCUCACCUCUCCCUCUCUCCUCACCUCUCCCUCUCUCCUCACCUCUCCCUUUCCCUCUCCUCUCAUCACCAGUGGUUUUGCGGUCACUCUGUUGUUUGGGAAGACCAACUCAGAGAGACAUCUAGAGAAGUGUGAACACUCCUACCUUCCGGCCACGCAAACGGGUAUACUGAAGGUAGGACACACACACAUCCACACGCGUGCGCGCAGACACACACACACACACACAAAUAAAUAAAUAAUGGCUAUCUCUUUCUCUCUCUCUCUCUUCCACCCCCUCCCCCUCCUCGCUCUCAACAUCUCCCCUCUCCCCUCUCUCGCUCCCUCUCUCGCUCCCGUCUCCCUCUCUCCCUCCCUCUCUCUCCCGUCUCCCUCUCUCCCUCCCUCUCUCUCCCGUCUCCCUCUCUCCCUCCCUCUCUCUCCCGUCUCCCUCUCUCCCUCUCUCUCUCUCCCGUCUCCCCUCUCCCUCCCUCUCCCAGACGUUGGAUGAGCUGAGGUUGGCUCCGAAGCCUAUAAAGAUAGACAGGAGACUGACUGGCUCCAACUACAUAGACGAGCCUCUGCAA